UCGAGAAUGACUGAAAUAUAUCGCAUAGGCAAGCAGCAGCGGAAAGAAAAACUAUGGAAAUUCGAUAGCAGGCUGCACAAAUUUACACCUACUCACCAAGUGCGUCUUCGAGCACAAACCGCACAUUCAAGAAACACAAGAGAACAUCGUGGCACCAUGUCUUCGGACAGCAGCGCAAGCCCUUCAUCAUCGCAAGUGAACUUGAGCACCGAAAUGGGAGGUCGGCGCAUCGAAGUCAAUGCUGUCAGGACCGGCUCACAGGAGCAGCAGCAGGCUGGCUCGAGCCAGAGCGAGGGCAUCAAGACGACCAUCUCGCACUCACAGAUCGACUACAGCGUAGGCGCACCGACGCCAAGGGCCAACUUGUUUGUGCCAAACAGCCCUUACGCCAUGUACGACCCCUACAAUCCUUAUAGCCCAUACAACCCGUACAACCCUUACAUCGUCUACGCGCCAAGGGCUCCUUGCCCCAUACAUGGUUAUCAGGCGCCUCCACCGGCCGCGUCUCCACAGCCAAGUGGGGCUUCCGUGCCUGCGCAACCUGCAUCCGAAGGAACCUCACUCGCGGGACCCGCAGCCCCACGACUGCCGCUGAAAUUCGAAGUGAAUGGGAGGCAAAUUAUCAUUAAAGAAGGCUUCGAUAUUCAGGAGGAGUACAUUAACGAUCGUCUCGUCAGCCGCACUGUCAACGGCGUCCGUGAAACUGUGCCCCAAAAGAAGUAAAGGAGUUCAUGUCGUCUGCUUUUCGCCUCCAGGACUGUGAGAGGGCGGACACUGACUGCUUGGACUUCCACUGCGACAGAGUUCCUGCAGCUGUACAGGGGAAAAAAUAAUGAAGAAAAAAACGGCAAAAGAAAUCAUCUGGGCACAUUUCACUAGGUGUCGUUUGGCUUUAUAUUUUUAGAAGAAAAAAAAAGAAAUUAAGCCGUCUGAAAACAAAAGCACUGCAAAGGACGACCGCCCUGGUUUAACAUUUCAAUAUUUCUCCCUUC